AUGGAAACCCCCUCCCCCCAUUAUGGAGACCCCCCCCCCCAUUAUGGAGACCCCUCCCCCCAUUAUGGAAACCCCCUCCCCCCAUUAUGGAGACUCCCUCCCCUCAAUGUGGAGACCACCCCCCCAUUGUGGAGACUCCACCCCCCCAUUGUGGAGACCCCCUCCCCCCAUUGUGGAGACCCCCUCCCCCCAUUGUGGAGACCCCCUCCCCCCAUUGUGGAGACCCCCUCCCCCCAUUGUGGAGACCCCUCCCCCAUGUGGAGACGACUCCACCCAUUAUGGAGAUCUCUCCACCCAUUAUGGAGACCCCUUCCCCCCAAUGUGGAGACCCCCUCCCCCCAAUGUGGAGACCCCCUCCCCCCAAUGCGGAGACCCCCUCCCCCCAAUGCGGAGACCCCCUCCCCCCAAUGCGGAGACUCCUCCACCCAUUAUGGAGACCCCCUCCCCCCAAUGUGGAGACUCCCUCCCCCCAUUAUGGAGACACCCUCCCCCCAUUGUGGAGACCCCCUCCCCCCAUUGUGGAGACCCCCUCCCCCCAUUGUGGAGACCCCCUCCCCCCAUUGUGGAGACCCCUCCCCCAUGUGGAGACCCCCUCCCCCCAUUGUGGAGACCCCCUCCCCCCAUUGUGGAGACCCCCUCCCCCCAUUGUGGAGACCCCCUCCCCCCAUUGUGGAGACCACUCCACCCAUUAUGGAGAUCUCUCCACCCAUUAUGGAGACCCCUUCCCCCCAAUGUGGAGACCCCUUCCCCCCAAUGUGGAGACCCCCUCCCCCCAUUAUGGAGACCCCCUCCCCCCAUUAUGGAGACCCCCUCCCCCCAUUAUGGAGACCCCCUCCCCCCAAUGUGGAGACCCCCUCCCUCCAACCAGAGUCCUCUUCACGUCCACAGUAG